AUGUCAGUCAUUCAGGAAGUCGUUUCUAUGCAGAAGGGUGUUGUGAUUCAAGGCCUGGGAGUCGCCGCUAUACAAGAAAUUGCGAUCCCAAAAGCUACUGGACAAUUUUUGAAGAUUAGAACUUGCGCAGUUGCAUUAAAUCCUUCUGAUUGGAAGCACGUAUACUGGCGUGCGGAUAAAGGGGCGCUUGUUGGGCUGGAUUAUGCCGGUUAUGUCGAGGAGAUUGGCCCUCUCGUCAGAAGGCCAUUCAAAGUUGGUGAUCGAAUUGCAGGAUUCACACACGGAUCAAACACUAUGAAUCAUCUGACCGGCGCCUUCGCCGAACAUGUCAUUGGUAAAGGCGACCUAGCACUACAUAUACCUCCAAGUCUGGACUUUGAGCAAGCAGCCUCGCUUGGGGUUGGCUUGGUGACUAUUGGUCUUUGCUUGUACAAAUCGCUUAAACUACCUCUUCCAACUUCGCCGGUCGACAGGUCAUUUCCAGUCCUCGUCUAUGGCGGCAGCACGUCCACGGGGACUUUAGCCAUCCAAUUUCUCAAGCAGUCUGGUCUGAUCGUGUACACAACAUGCAGUCCUCACAACUUUGCCCUGGUCAAGUCAUACGGAGCUGAUUUUGUAUUCGAUUAUCGAGAUCGCGACGUGGGCAAGAAAAUCCGACGGGCAAGCCAUGAGACCAUUAAGCAUAUCCUUGACACUAUCUCUGAAACAGCAUCGGCGAGGAUUUGUGCUGAUGCAAUGUCACCAGAAGGUGGGCGGUACACCAGCAUCCUUGAAGUGGUCUUUCCAAGGGACGAUUGCAUCACGGACUUCGUCAUGGCAUACACAGCAUUUGGGGAGGAUUAUAAGAUGGGCCCCAAUGGGGCCCUAGAAAAGGCUCAGCCAGCCGAUCAAGAUUUCACGCGCAAAUUCUUCGACAUGGCCGAGCAAUUGUUGGCGGAUGGAAAGAUUCGUCCUCACGACAUUGAGGUCGGAAAGGGGGGUCUUGCGGGAGUGCCAGAAGGACUUGAGCGACUACGAGGAGGGAAAAUUAGUGGUGCAAAAUUGGUGUAUCAAGUAGACUAA